UAUUAUAAAUGUGUGCAUUAGCGACUCUUACGGGUUUGGCUUUAGCCGCUACUUCGGUAAUUUUACUUGUAUUUGCUACAACCAAUGGAAAUUUAAAUAAAAAAGAACCACCAAGAACAAACCAAAAGAAAAAUUUAACCAAUCUGUCGGACACAACUGAUGAUAAUGUGCAGUUUAUACUAUUUACCAGACAGCACCCUCCCCACCGCAUCAAGAUCAAUGACAUGAUCAGCCUUAAAAAAUCAGGUUUUAAUACUAGUAAUCCUACAAAAAUUAUAAUUCACGGCUUUCAAAGUAGCAUAAAAGAGGAUGUUUUUGUGGCAAAUAAAAAUGCUUAUAUGGAAUCCGGUGACUAUAAUGUCAUAGGGAUGGAUUGGUCAUCUUUGUGCGAAUUUGAAUACCUAUCAGCAGUUGGUGGAGCUAGAAGAGCAGGAAAAAUUCUCGCAGAAUUUUUGAACUGGCUAUCAGGCACUGGUGUUGCUUUAAACGAACUUCAUCUAGUCGGUCACAGUUUAGGAGCACACGUUGCUGGUAUAGCUGGUCAUCAAAUUAAAACUGGCUUAAUUGGACGCAUAACAGGUUUAGAUCCUGCAGCGCCUGGUUUUCGAGAAGUUGAUCCAGAGUUAAAACUUGAUGUAAAAGAUGCAAAGCUAGUUGAUAUUAUUCACACCUACAUCAGAGUACUUAGUAUUGCACAACCUAUGGGCCACAUUGAUUUUUAUCCAAAUGGUGGACGAUGGCAGCCUGGUUGUCCGGAUAUAUAUGAUAUCUGGCAAGUAGGUGAAAGCUUGGUAUGCAAUCAUGCAAGAGCUUAUUAUUUCUUUGCUGAAUCUAUAAGAAAUAAACAUGCGUUUAAAAGCAAACGCUGCAAUUCUGUUGAAGAAGCUUUAUACGGCCGUUGUCACGAAGAAACAGAAGUUUACAUGGGACAAGCAGAAACUUACAAGUCUGGAUUGUAUUAUAUUCGUACCAGAGCUCAACCGCCGUACAGUUUAUCCAAUAAUUAA